AUGCAUAGAACUGCAGAUCAUGAAAAAAGUGGAGCUUGUUCAGCUGAAGAGGACCAAUUUGAAGUCAGUUUAGGAGAAACCGUUCUUGAGGGGGAGCAAGCAGCAGAGGACAGAGAGCUGAAGCACCAGCUUCUCAAAAAGUAUAGUGGUUAUCUAGGCAGCCUUAGACAAGAGCUCUCCAAGAAGAAGAAGAAAGGCAAGUUGCCAAAGGAAGCUAGGCAGAAACUUCUCAGCUGGUGGGAGCUGCACAACAAGUGGCCUUAUCCAUCAGAAUCAGAGAAGGUGGCAUUGGCGGAAUCGACGGGGCUCGACCAAAAGCAGAUCAACAACUGGUUUAUAAACCAAAGGAAACGGCACUGGAAGCCAUCAGAGGAGAUGCAGUUCAUGGUAUUGGAUGGCUACCAGCAGCAUCAACAGCAAAAUACUACUUUCUAUUUGGAGGGGCAUUUCAUGGGGGAUGGAAAUCUGUACCGCAUUGGUUCAUGACAAAUUAUGCAUGGGUUGAAGCUUCUGAAUUCAUCUUCUCGUGUUUAUUCUCUCACAAUGUGGCUUUAAUGAUUAUUAUUGUUAUUUAAAAUAAAAGUUAGUAUGUUCUGUAUUCUA